AAUGGGCGGCGGCGGCGGGGCCCGCGCGGGGCGGGGCCGGUAAACGCUACGGGGCUGCGGCUGCGGCAGCGCCAGGCCAGGCCCGGGCGGCUUAAACCAUCUGUCCUUUGAUCCUGCCAGCAGCACCAAGUCUCUGCAGCUGGGCAGUGCUGGUGGCCCUCAGGCGUCCGAGAGCCCGGCCCAGGAUGGCAGCAAUGUGGGCAAGAGGAGGAAGCGAGGCAGCGUGUCUGCAGCAGAUGGUGGCAGAAAUCUGAGCGUCGACUCCAUUCCCAUGGGCUUGCCAAUGUCAGACCCAACCGCCUGGGCCACUGCCAUGAACAAUCUAGGGAUGGCUCCCAUGGGGAUGACUGGCCAGCCCCUCCUGCCUGAUUUCGAUCCUGCUCUUGGGAUGAUGACUGGAAUCCCUCCAAUCAACCCCAUGAUGCCAGGCUUGGGGAUAGUGCCCCCUCCCAUCCCUCCAGAUAUGCCUGCUGUGAAGGAGAUCAUUCACUGCAAGAGCUGCACUCUCUUUCCACCCAACCCACACCUUCCCCCUCCAGCAACAAGGGAGAGGCCCCCAGGGUGCAAGACGGUGUUUGUUGGUGGGCUGCCGGAGAACGGAACGGAGCAGAUCAUCAUGGAGGUGUUUGAACAGUGUGGGGAGGUCAUCGCCAUCCGAAAGAGCAAGAAGAACUUCUGCCAUAUCCGCUUUGCUGAGGAGUUCAUGGUGGACAAGGCACUCUACCUUUCUGGGUAUCGCAUCCGGCUGGGCUCCAGCACCGACAAGAAGGACACGGGGCGGCUGCACGUGGACUUUGCGCAGGCGCGGGACGACCUGUACGAGUGGGAGUGUCGGCAGCGGCUGCUGGCGCGGGAGGAGCGGCACCGCCGGCGCCUGCAGGAGGAGCGCUUCCGGCCCCCCUCGCCUCCCCCGGUCGUCCACUACUCUGACCACGAGGGCAGCGUCGUCGCUGAGAAGCUGAAGGAUGACACAAAGUUCCUGGAAGCCAUCCAGACCUUGCUGACCUGGAUAGAGCGAGGAGAAGUGAACAGGAGAACUGCCAACAACUUCUACUCCAUGAUCCAGUCGGCCAACAGCCACAUUCGCAGGCUGCUGAACGAGAAGGCAGCUCAUGAGAAAGAGAUGGAAGAAGCUAAAGAGAAAUUCAAACUUGCUCUUUCAGGGAUUCUGGUUCAGUUCGAGCAGAUAGUGGCCGUGUACCAUUCUGCCUCCAAACAAAAGGCUUGGGACCAUUUCACGAAAGCUCAGCGUAAGAACAUCAGCGUGUGGUGCAAACAAGCAGAGGAGAUCCGUAACAUUCACAAUGAUGAGCUGAUGGGCAUUCGAAGGGAGGAGGAAAUGGAAAUGUCUGAUGAAGAAAUAGAAGAUCCAUCAGAGAUGAAAGAAACAGAAGAGUCAGCGCUGGUGUCGCAGGCGGAGGCGCUGAAGGAGGAGAACGACAGCCUGCGCUGGCAGCUGGACGCCUACCGCAACGAGCUGGAGCUGCUCAAGCAGGAGCAAGGCAAAGCCAGCAGGGACGAAGACACCACCAAGGAGCAGCAGAUGAAGCUUCUCCAGCAGGCUCUGCAGGGCAUGCAGAAGCAUCUCUUGAAAGUACAAGAUGAAUACAAAAAGAGAGAAGCUGAGCUAGAAAAAGUGAGAGAAGACAAACUGAAAGUAGAAACGUUACUAGAGAACCUGAAGGAGCAGCAAAGUGCAGCAGAUGAAGAGGACAAGGAGAGAGAUGCAAUUGACUGUCAAGGGAAUGAGAGCACUGUGUCCAGAGUCUGUGUCUGCAGCCAGGAGAAGGAAUGUCCUGUUGAGAAGACAGUGAGCAAUAGCCCUGUGAAAUCUGAACGAGAAGUUCUCUUAGUUGGAAUCAUUUCAACCUUCCUCCACGUGCACCCGUUUGGAGCCAGCAUAGAGUACAUCUGCUCCUACCUGCAGCGCCUGGACAGCAAGAUUUGCACUGCAGAGGUGGAAGUUCUCAUGACCCGACUCCAGAACACAUUCAGGCAGGAGCUGAGUGGGGUUGGGGCCAGCCUGGAGAAGAGGUGGAAGUUUUGUGGCUUUGAUGGAUUGAAAAUGACUUGAGCUUUGACUUUAAUGCUUAAAACAGCAGCAGGAUGUAAACAGCAGCCAGGAGAAGCUGGGAUUCCUCUUCCCUCAGUUCAUGCUGGUUACCUUGCAGGCAUCACAGACCCGGCUGGGAUCAUAUGUCAGUCAAACUGUAAGCCCAGAGCAUCACUGGAGGAACCUUCAAGGCCUGUAGCUCCUUUGGUCAGUUAUUUGUUAAUGAGUAGGUGCUGCUCAAUGUACUUUGUGGAAAAAAAAGGUCCAUGUCUGAUACCUCCAAGCACAGAGUGUGUUGACUGUGUGUUUUGCCACUGGUGUAUGUGUUUUGUGUGCCCAGCCUGUACCUUCUGCUGACUGGCAGGAAUAGCCACAGACUGUCCUCCAAAACAACAACAAAGCUGGUUUCUACAACCACCAAAAGGACAGGGGGGAAAAGGCAUUUUUUAGACAUUUCUAUGAUUAAAAGCUGAGGUGUGUUUAAACAGAAGGAGGUUUAGGUGGCUCAGAAACUCUCUGAGCCAAACAGUUGCUUGUUUCUUGUGCUGUUUGCUCUGGCAGUGCUGUGCCAGUUGAGCUGGGGUGAGGGCAGUGUCUGUGGGAGCCCAUCUAGCCCUGGCACUGCCACUGCUGCUCUCUAUGUUGCAGGCUCCCUCUUUAAAUACUCUUUUUUACAAGGGUGUUGAGUUUUCUGUUCACUGGAGGGAGCAGAGAGCCUCCAUCAGCCUUCACUUGCAGUCAUGGCAUAACGCCACAUUUCUCCACCUGCUUUGCUUUGGAGACUGAGCUUCUGGAACUGCUACAAGACUGUCUUCCUGCUGAAUCUUCCCCAGGGCUGUUCCUUGUGUCCUCAGUGAGUGCCAGGCUCCUCCCCAGGGCUCUGCAGGAGCUUGGGAAGAUGCCUCUGCCCAUUGAUCUGGCCUGUGCAGAUCCCUCUGUGGGGAGAUCCCACACCUGGGCAGAGCAACGCUCCCUCCCAGCCUGGUGUUGUCUGCAAACUGAGGCUGUGCUCCAUCCCCUGCUCCACAUCACUGACAAACACAACUGGCCCCAGUACCAAGCCCUGGGGAGCUGAACUGGUGGAUCUCCAAGCUUCAGGCAGACCAAGCUGCCUCCCUGCUGCCUCCCUGUCCUUGCCUGGCCUUUCUGCGGCCAGCACUUGCAGCCCUCCAGCUGUGUGGCAGCUCACCACGUUUCUGUGGUGCAGCUCUGUGGUAGUGGCUCCUGUUUGGUGCCCAGGCUGGCUGCAGGGCUGCAGCUGCACCUCAGCUGGGCUGCUGAGCCCACCACCUUGCUGGGGGAGAAGCCCCUGAUUCGUGUGAUUGUUCUCGGCCACUCCUGAGGUCUCCAACACCCUGACAGCCCCUGAGUGUCUGCUGCCAUGUGGCUCCCCAUCCCCUGCUCCUGCUGACACAGCUGAGGUGCAGCACACAGCAGAGCAGGGCCAUGUCAGGUGCACUCAGCACAGCGUGGGGCGGAGGGGACCUCACCAGCACUCUGGCCCUCAAACCCUAGGAGGGAUCUCCUGUCUCCCUUGCCCCCUUCACAUCCAGGGCAAAGCUCUUUCAGUGAGCCCUGCUAUCUCCUGAGCAAAGGUCCUUUUUCCCCUUUGGGGCAGGGCUACCCCAUCUGUCACCAGCAGGCCUGGUGUUAUGUGCAGCAACCCCCAAAACUCUUCCAGUGACACCAGUCAUGGAGCCAGUUAUUGCUUGUUGACACUUCCCAUUUCUUCCCUCAUCAUCUCCCCCACCUGGAGGGAUGGGAGAACACUGCUCCUGCUCCCUUAACCAGUCAUCCCAGGGCCCUGGAAAGUCUCUCCUGACUGCCCUUGGACUUCUUGCCACAGCUACCUGAGAAGUCAGUCACAGGUGACGGUCUGAGGGCCUGCCAGGGCAGGAGCUGCUUCACAUCUUCAACCCAGGCCCCAGGAAGGCAGCAGACGGGCCCAAGAGGUGGCUCUGGCUGCACGUUGGGCCUUCAUUUGUUCCCCAAGGUAAGUCUCCUACCACAAUGACCUGUCUCUUUAACUUUAUGGAGGUGCUUUUGACACCAGCUGUGGGCUGCCUCAGCCUCCAUCCCUCUUGGUCAUUGAUCCCACAUGAGCCCCGUCCGUGCUGUGUGAGGGGGGUUGGACAGGGAGGGACCUCUCAGCAUUGGCCCUGCGCCUUCAGCCCCUGUCCAGAGAGCUCUCCUGCAGAGAAUGAGGAAAGAAGCUGCAGAAACGGGGCUGUUCUGAGCCCGGGGCAGCGGGGAGAGGCCCAGCCCUGGCUCUGCGUGCCGACAGGGGCUGGGAGCGUGCCGGGGGCAGCUCUGGAGGCCAGGCCAGCAGGAGGGUCUGUCAGGCUCCAGACUGGGAGCUGUGGCUCAGCCAGCCAGGGCCCUGUGCUGGGGGAGCUGGGCUGGCCUGGGAGCUGCUCCGAGCCAUGCCCGGGGCUGCGGGGUCCCGCCGGCACAGGGGAG